AUGACGUUCACAAAACUCGUCGUAUUAGUAGUACUGGCAGCAAGUGCCAAGGCUGCCGACCAUGACAUGUACCACAACUGUUCAAGAGUAGACGUCUGCAGCCAAAAUCGAGAACUGGAACGACAAGAACGGUACCAAGUAAUUUUAGAAGGAGCUAUGUUUUCCCAAGGAGUAGCAAGUUUUCGGGUACAAACAGCUGACGGAAUCGAAGAUGUGGGACUAAAUAUCACAGCCAUCGAAGGGAAUAUAUUUAGGGUCCAAAUUGAAGAAACUGAGUCUUCGCGGUACCACAUCCAGGAUGUUCUAGACGGAGAGCCAACUAUUGUCAAUUUUGACGAUGUUCAACUCUGGUUGACUUCGGCUGAAAUUUUCCUAGGUAGCAACAGAGCAGUCGUCAAUUUUUCACCAUUUUCUAUUGAGUUUUACGUUAAUGAUGUAUUAACUGUGGUUAUAGAAGGGGAUCGCUUGACUCUUCAGAAUGAAGAAUUGCACACUCCGUUUACUGUUGGAGUGUCUUUCACUCAAGCUCUACAUUUGUAUGGACUUCACGAACACGCCGACUAUUUGGCUCUACGUACCACUGCUCCAGGAGGUGAUGAUCCGUACCGUGUCAAAACCAUGGACUUGACUUACUACGAGCUACACAGUACCAUGGCGAUGUAUGGCGCUGUUCCUGUUUUAUAUGGCCAUGGGAUCAAUUCGACUUCUGGGCUAUUUUUACACAAUGCGGCUGAACAGUGGGUCGAAAUCACCAACAAAGAUGUAGGUGCUGAUGCGUUCUUCAUGGUUGAUAGUGGAGCUUUGGAUAUCUUCAUAUUCCUUGGACCUUCCACCACUGAUGUCGUUCGUCAGUACACUUCACUGACAGGAGUUGCCCAUCUACCACCGAUAUGGACUCUUGGAUAUCACCAAUGUCGCUGGGGGUACGCCGACCAGACGGACGUCGAAACUGUCAUUGCAGACCUGGAUGCUAACGACUUUCCAGUUGACGUCAUCUGGUUAGACAUCCAGCACACCCAAGACAUGAAAUUCUUCACUUGGAACAGCGAAAAUUUCAGCGAUCCUUUCGACAUGUUAGCAAAUUUGGCAUCGACUCACCGAUACUUAGUAACUCUAAGCGACCCCCACUUCAAGAAAGAAGAAGGUUAUUUCGUGUACGACGAAGCCACAGCUAACGACUACUUCAUCAAAAACCCCGAUGGUACCAACUAUGAAGAUGAAUGUUGGCCGGGAACGAGUUCCUGGAUGGAUUACCUAAACCCAGCUGCUAGAGACUACUACUCCAGUUUAUAUUUAUACGAGAACUGGAACGGUACUACGUCCACACUGGGUGGAAUAUGGAACGACAUGAACGAAGCCGCUAUUUUUAACGAAGAAAUUGAAAAAACUUUCCCUUAUGACGUGGUUCACUACGGAGGAGUGUCCAACAGGGAUAUUCACAACAUGUACGGCUACCUUCAAACCAUGGCCACCCAUAAAGGUUUAAUUGAUCGUGAUAAUGGUGCCUUGCGACCUUUUAUCUUAACCAGAGCGCACUUUGCUGGGUCUCAAAAGUACGCGGCGUUCUGGACGGGCGACAACACCGCAGAAUUUGGAUUCAUACCAAUCAGUUAUUCCAUGUGUCUUAAUGCUAACCUUCUGGGGUUGGUGUUCUGUGGAGCCGACGUUGGUGGUUUCUUCGGAGAACCAUCAGAGGAACUCUUGCAAAGGUUUUAUCAAGCUGGAGCGUGGUUGCCCUUCUUCAGAGAACACUCAAAUAUAGGCUCGGAAAGACGCGAACCCUAUUUGUAUCCUGAGGAUGUUCAAGCAACGAUAAGAGAGACAAUAAAGACACGCUACGCCCAUUUGCCGGUUUGGUACACCCUGUUUUAUGAGCAUACGCGUUUUGGCGAUCCUGUUAUUAGACCUUUGUUUUACCAUUACCCCAAUGAUGUCGAACUUCUUGAAAUUGAUGAUCAACUGCUAGUAGGCCAAAAUAUUUUGGUCAAAGCUGUUGGUGAAUCUGAAGUCGAGUCUGUGCAAGUGUACUUUCCGGGAGGUGAAAACGAAAUCUGGUUUUCUGCACAGCUUGAUGGUACCACUUUUCCGGGUACUGGGUGGACGGACAUACCUGUUACUAUUGAGAGGAUUCCUGUUUAUUAUAGAUUGGGGUCUAUUAUUCCCACAAAGCAAACUUCUAGACCCUCUACUACAGAUAUGAAAGACGAUGGCUACACAAUGAUCGUCUUGCUGCGUAAUGAUGAGAUGGCUGAAGGAACAAUUUAUAAUGACGAUAAUCUCAGUUUUGAAUAUAGGGAUUCUCAAAAAUAUAUUUAUGCGGAUCUUUCUGCUACUGACAUGCUAUUGGUCAUAAGUGCCAUUGACGAUUCAGAUGACGAAGAAUUUGAGAUUGUUAUUGACGAUAUCGUCACUUUGACAUACAAUGAUGAUGGAACGGUUGUCAAGAAUUCUUACAAACACGACGUGAACGGUGUUCCUCUCAAUCAAAUGAAAUAUCAAGGAAAAGAACCUCUUGUUAUAAAUCUACGUUAAAUGAAUUGUACUUUGAAAAAUAUGCAAUAAAAUAUACAUGAAAUA